ACAUCCGGUGUGAAUGAGGUUGAGUCAGAUGAACCGAAAUGAAUAACAUAGUUUAAUUUAGAACAGUUUGUAAGCAUUCUCAGGAGAUUCGCAACAUAUUUUUUUGUGUCUAAUACUAAGAUUCAUUAUUGAAAGUAUUCAAACGUAAAAUCAUGGAUGAUAUGCUAUUUCAGCUUAGGUUCACAGCCAAACAACUGGAACGGCUGGCUAAAAAGGCAGAGAAAGAACAAAAAGUCCAACAAGCUAAAGUGAAGAAAGCCUUACAACAAAAGAAUAUAGAAGGUGCACAGAUCUAUGCUGAGAAUGCAAUUCGUAAAAAGAAUGAAGGGCUUAAUUACUUGAGGUUCGCUGCUAGAGUGGAUGCUGUGUCAGCCAAAGUGCAGACUGGACUAGCAAUGAAAAAUAUCACCAAAGAUAUAUCAGGAGUGUGUAAAGCAUUAGACAAAGCAAUGGCUAGCAUGAACCUAGAAAAGGUUGAACAGGUGAUGGAGAAAUUUGAAAAGCAGUUUGAAGACUUGGAUGUCAGAACUUCAACUCUGGAGAAUGCAAUGGGUUCAGCUACCACACUGUCCACGCCACAAGAUCAGGUGGAAGCUCUAAUACAGCAGGUAGCAGAAGAAAAUGGAUUGGAAGUUAUGGACCAAUUGAAAGACUUGCAUGCCCCUUCCACAUCCAUACGCUCUUCAGUUGCAGGAGAGUCCAGCAAAGAAGAUGACCUUUCUAGAAGACUUCAAGCUUUAAGGAACUGAUUAGAAUCAAAUAGUUUCAUUUGUUGUACAGAUUUAAUUCAAGUAAUCAACCUUCCAUUUUAAUUGUAUCAAAACACAUUAAUAGAAAUAAAACAUUCUGUCCAUUACAAUUUUAAAAGAUUAGAAUUCUAAAUUCUGAGCUAGCCAGGAAAACCAGUGACUUGGCAGAAUUUAAGUCAUUGGUUAAUAUGCAUGACUAAAUGCAUGACGCGUAGGACGUAAUCAUCUUCUUUUUUGAAGUAAUGUCUGUAUUAUAUAAGAUAAGAUAAGAUUUAUGCAAUCUUUUUUUUUUUACUCUAAGAUCUAUAUGAAGCCUUUAGUAUCAAAAUUAUCCUAUUUCUGCUGAGUGCAUAAGAAGUAUAAAUUGGUACUGAUAAUCUGGACAUCGUUUCCUUACAAGUUGGGAUGUAAACUGCUGGCAAUAAUUUAGUUACAUUGUAGUUUGAAUAUCUGCUAGACUAGCUAUGCUAGGAGACUGUGUCACUAAAGAUAUCUAGAGAUAAAGAGAAUGCCCUGAGUCAUACUGAUCUGACCAAUCCUGGGUGUUAACAUUUUUAUUGCUAUGAAAAUGUACUGUGUAGAGUUAUCACUACUAGGCAUUAAGGUGAAAGUAUAAUCAGUUGGUCAUUGGUUACUACUCUCAGCGGCCAACAAUAUAAUAAUAAUAAUAUUAAUAAUAACAAUCUUUAUUAUCCGUAUGGAAAUUUGUGCCCUCUACUUCACAUUCCUUUUCAAAAUAACUAAUUGACUAAAGAAUGAAACAUAAUUUAGAAGAUUUUUGUAUAUGUGUAGUUCUUUGACUUGAAUUUACUAUUUAUGCAUUAGCACAAUAUUUCAAGAUUUAUGUCAUUUUUUUCCCUCCCUGAAUCAGUUAAAUUUAGGAUCUAUAUUUGAAGGGCUUCAUAACAGAAUACUUUUUUUUUUUUCACUUGUUUGGACUUAUGGAAAUUCUUUAAGCUGCAGAAGGAGAAUUUUUUUUUUUAUUUUGUUAAAAUCAUACACAAGUCAGCCUCUGAAAAAAGACAACUGGGCUCACUUUUUUUUCUUGUGAAGUCAUCAUAUCAAAUGAUUGUGAACUCAUCAUCAAAUGAACAUCUUGUGUCCUCAAAUGAUAAUAUUUUAGGUUUUAACUAAAAUUUUCCCCUCUAGUCCUUGUGAUUGACAAAUUCUAUAUUACUGGUAACCUAUUCUUUCAAAUGCUAUGUAUUUUCUUCUAUAUAUCUUUGUGCUGCAUUUAUACCCUUAUUUUUUAAAAAUGAAUUUAAAUUUGUUUACAUUUUAUAACAAAAAAAAAAGGAUUGGUGUAUGGGUUAUAUUUAUCACACAUUUCUAAAAAAAAAAAUGUUAUGAUUUAUAUUUCAAAAAAUAUCUAAACAUCAACAUAGUUACACAACUGAAUAUCAACACAGUUAUAAAAACAAAUUUUUUUCUUUUUUUUACAAAUCCUCUAGCUAGCUUAUUGGUCACACUGGGAAAACUCUAUUUUGACCGUUAUAAUUUUUCAAAUCCUCUAGCUAGCUAAUUGGUCACACUGGGAAAACUCUAUUUUGACUGUUAUAAUUUUUCAAAAUAUAAUUUUUUUAAAUACUUAAAUUUGGCUAGAGGUUUAGACAAUCUUCAUCUUGAACAGACAUGCUGUCAGGUGGUUUUCCUGCUUGUAGGCCUUAUUCAUUAACUCUUUCACUCCUAACUGACACUACCAACGUUGAUUUGACCCCUUUAAAUUAAAUUAUUUUUUGGUUUUAUAAACUUUAAUUUGUUUUAUAUAAAAGAGAAUGCGUUCUUCAAUAAUUAUAGACCUAAUAUAGCAUUUCCCGAUUACAUACAAAAAAAGCUAUUGAAGUUUAAUUAGUGAAACAUAAAUGAGCAAAAUGAAUAAUUCCAAUGGAACGUGGAAAAUAAUUACGGAGAGAAAGAGUUAAAUAGUUAAAUAAAUAAAUAGACGUUCAGAAAUAUUUUGGGCACCAUCUUCUUAGUCCUGAUCUAUAGACCUAUCAUACAAAUUGUAUAUACUCUGAAAAAGAUUUAUACAUUUGCUUAAUUGGGUUUUUGUUCGUGGGGAGGGGGUAUUGGGGUGGGGUGGAAAAUGUUCUAUUUUUAGUUUAAAUCUAUCACUUGUUAGUUGUUGAGAGUAGAAUAAAUGCAAGAACAUUUCGCACAUGCUUAACCAGAAUGUUUUUGGGAAAAGGGGGGGGGGGAAUAGAGGCAGGGUAAAAAUGUUACGUUUUUUUUUUUUUAUCUAUCAUUCAUUAGUGAUUAAGAGCCAAAUAACCAUUCUUACAAAGGUUGGACAGCUGUAUAAAGGAGGAAUAGUCCAUUUAAAAAAAAAAGUAUUUUUUAUAUUCUCAUUCUUUUGGGUUGAUGAAACUAUUUCAGCUAAUCGUUAAAAUAAAAACUGAUGAUUGCAAAGUACACUAAGUGUACAUUCACUUGAGCCAGCAAUUGUGUAUUUAAGUUUAAAAUUUAAAAUAAAAACUGAUGAUUGCAAAGUAAAACUUAGUGUACAUUCACUUGAGCCAGCAAAUUGUGUAUUUAGGUUUAAAAUUUAAAAUAAAAACUGAUGAUUGCAAAGUAAAACUUAGUGUACAUUCACUUGAGCCAGCAAAUUCCUUCAAAGUGUUUACAGUAGACUGUGUUAUUUUGUAUAUACUUGUGAUUCAUUGUAUAUCUCAUUUGUCAACAUGUGCCUAUGAGCUUGGUUGAUCAUUCUCAUCAUGUCAUUUCAGUCUCAUGUUUUUAUCUUUGGCGCUAGAGCCUAUUGCCUGUUAGUCUAACAGGAUGCUAAUGUUUGUAUGUUAAGACUUGUUGAGACAGUAAAUCAGCUUAUUAAGAGAUUGUUUUCAGACCUUUUGGUUGUGUGUUUUUUCUAUCAGUGGGAUGGCCGUCUGGACAUGUGGUAUGCACUCUGGGCUGUGGUCUCAAUUGUCCUAGAUUUGAACUCUGCCCGCCACCCUGUAGGAGGUUUGGGCUAGGUUGCAAUGUAAAACAGUGUGAUUGUCAUUGAGUUUAUAUACUGUGAUUAUUCAUCCCUGAGCUUAAAAAUAUAUGCAACCUCAUGAGAUGGCCAUGUUCACUCUUGUGCUGUUUAGGGUAAAAUUGUUUCAAUUAAUGUUUCUGCCUUAGUUUAAAUUUCUUAAUAAAGUGUAUGUUCAUUGUCUACAA